AUGCAGUUAAUUGCUAUCGUUUCACAAAAAUCUGAAAGAUCAGAAAGUAUGAACUUAAGUGAAUUCACACGAAGUCAAUAUUCAAAUAAGAAAGAAAACAAAAAAAAAAACAGUUUGAGGCAGAAAAAUAGUUUUAUUCAAUUCAACUUUACACAAGACAAUGAAAAUUCACCACAAGAUGAAAGCGUUGAAAAGAAACUUGAAAUAAUUUAA